GUCUUGCUUGGUUUCAGCAUUUUCUUUUCCCGAAUAGAGUGAUGAGGCGGCGUGGCCGACACCUGUUUUUUCUUUUCAGUUCAGGAUUACCUGCUCUCAAAAUGAAAAUUUUGAAUAUAAAGAAGGCUUCACACUGGAAUCCGGUCUGUCUAUCUUACAUCGGUUCUUCCAUCUCGUUCAUACCCGGCGAAGAAAAAGCUUCAAUUCACAACCUAGGAUAGCUAACGCUACCUUGCCUGAAGACAUGGGAUUGCCGUAGAAGUCACAUGCCGAGCAAGUUCUUGCCUCCUCUUCCUCUACCUAUCUCGGGCACAAGAAUUUGGUUCAGCUUCAAGGAUGGUGCUGUUCAGGAUCAGAAUGAGUCCUGGUCUCUGAGUACUUCCCCAAUAGUAGCCUGGACAAAGUCCUUCACAAGAACACCAGUUCUGCAGUUUCCUCUCCUGGAAGAAAAGGUUGAAAGAAAAGAGCUCGCCUGGGACUGGAAUCCCAUCUCUCUUACUAUAGGAUCAUGGAUGCAGCGAGCUUUCGAACUACUGCUUAUGUCACCACCUUUGCUUCUUCGGUUGAUGAGUCCGGGUAAACCAACGACAUAUGCUGAGUUACCCCGCGGAUCUGAAAGGCGCUAUGGAUCUCGAUCUGGAGAACGAAUUUCAUUUUUCUUUUUAUCUCGAAGAGCUUCUACUCGAACAUUAGAAGUAGAAGUCGAACUAGCCUUCUUUCUUUUCUUCCUCAUUCCUACUCCUAAAGAGGAGAUAUUCAUGAAACCUGUAACCAUCGAAGCGAUACCACAGUCUCCAGGUCACAGUCGACGGGCGAGAGACAGAGACACAGCAACCAACUAUCAAACCGAUAGACAGGACAGUCGAAGCGGUUUCAAGCCAAUAGUGACAAGGAUAAUUCCCGAGAAAGCGGCAUUCCUCCAAUGUGCAGUUCUUUUCUUGGUAAAGGCAAGGCUCUUCGAGACCUCGAGUGAAUGGAUAAAGCUUUGACGGAGGCACAUCUAAUAAAGGUCUCUCCCUUGUGUCCUAGGAAGGGAAAUUUCAUUCACCCCCGAGAAAAGAAUUUCCAUUCUCCUUAUCAGUAGUAGGCUCCUCGAGACCUCGGAUGGCUUUGCAUAACAACUCUGAAGGAGGCUAGGAAUGGAGCAUCUUAGCAGACACUGGAGAGAAAUCCCUAGUCACUUCGCUGCUCCAAAAUCUUUUGGCAAACUCCAAAACAUGACUUAUAAUAAAAAAUGUUUUAAAUG